GGGCCCUCAAAUGUGGGCAGCAGAGGACCGCCUCCGCGACGGCAUGCCUGCCUGUCCAAAGUGGUUCGCUGCGGCGCGCCGGCGCGCGCUUGUCUCUCGCCGGCCGCUUUCGCGCGGCGAUCCUAAGCUAGCUCUAUGCGCGCGCGCUUGAUGCAGAAAACGGGUUUUAGAAACCGCGUUGGCUUGACCGGCUACGGAUACCGGUAAAAGUGCACUUAUGGUAUGUGUAAGUUUACCUUUUCGGCAGCGUGUUUUUGGCCGGGAGAGGGUAAAAUGCGCACCCUGACUGUGAUCGGCUGCGUCCUAGCGGCCCUCGCGGCUGCUGACGACGUCCCGGCGCCGGCGCCGGCGCCAGCACCGGCCAAAAAAAACACUGGCCAGUGGUCCUGUGGGCCGCACGUCCGCGACGACGUCCAGAGGCUGCGGCGACGCAUCGACACGUUGUGGGGCAGCCCUCAGCAGCUCUGCGAAGAAAUAUUCUCCAAUGGUUGGCACUGGAACCCGCCGGACGCGGCAUGGCGCGCGGCGCGCACGCGCCAACCGCCUCAGCGCGAGCAGUGGUACCGACGCCCCAUCGGCGUGUGGUUGCCACACAUCUUCUUCCAUAAUGAACUACCAGCACCACCUUGUCCAAAUGACUGCUGCAUUGGCAAGGAUUCGAUGGUGGACGUAAAGUCGAAAGUAUGGCCAUCGAACGUCGUGCGCGUCUUUGGCGUCCACGACCACUGGUGGUUGGACACCGUGCGGCUCAAGUGCAAGCGUUGUGGUAUACUUUUUCGCUUGACAGAUCCAAAGUCCAUCGCGCAGUGCCCGAUCCAUGUGCGGUCGUUUUUCAACAUUUUCAAGGGCAAGAAGUACGCCGUGGAAGCUGACCUCGUGCGGCCCAGCGUCGACGGCGUCGACGGCGUCGACGUGUCAGUAAUAGUCGAUUUACACACAGGCAAAGCUGAUCGAGGACGCCUGGGACCCGCUCGGAACAGCUCCUACAGUACGAAUACUCCAGCACUUCUACAUCGAAUAUUACUACGGCCAGCAGCUGAACUAUUGGGCACUUCACGGUCGUCUCACUUCGGCCGAGAGGACAAACAACACCAAUCAACGUCCAGCUCGACUAGCGCUCGGUGUUGCUAGAGGUAGUCUCGCAGAUGCGAGGACUGCUGCGGAGGUCGUGAAUCAACUCGGCGCUGCGCGGCGAGCUCGAGACGAACGGCGAGCAGCCCCUCGCAUUGAUAGACUAUCAGAACUGAGGGGUUUUGGACCAGGGAAGGUUGCGAUGUUCAGAGAAAUCAACGUUCAUAGUAUCCAGGACCUGGAGGCCGUGCAGGAAUCGGCGCUGAUUGCUCGGUCAGUGUCCAAGAAGCGCGACCGCUCUGACCAAUUGAAGGCGCUCCAACAUUAUAAAGCGAUGGCGCUGGAGUAUCUCGAGGAGAAGUACGGCUCGUGGCCGCCGCCUACUACUCCUCCUUCUCAACCAGAGCAACCGAACGACGUGGAGAAGCUCGCCGACCGGCGCGCUGCGGCUGCUGCCUGCAAGGCCGCGAUGGAAGAACGCGAAGCUGCGCAGAACGCUGAGAACGGAACUGUUCGCUACGUCCCGCCUCCUUUCCUGGACUUCGACGAUAAAAAUGGGUGGAACGGCGUAUUUGUGGGCCGAGACAUCGUUGAUGAUAUUGCUGCAGGGAUGUGGUCUGACCGACGCGAGUUUGUCACUACCCAACUCGCCGGUCUGUCUGGCCAGGUACUUAAGACAGAUUUCACCUACAAGAUCGCCGAGAAAAUCGUGUGCUACCACCCGGACUCGGGCAUGCUGUUUAAGCCUUUUGGAGGGUUCGCUUCUGUCGUAAACGAGGCGGGCCAGGUGCUACUACAGCGUCGAAUCAGACGUCCACUCCAUCGACGCCAUCGACGCGGCGUCGACGCCGUCGGUCUACACAGGUCAUGUGGUAUGGAUUUCACCAUCGCGAGGACGCUUUUGAGGAGACCGAGCCGCACUUCGCGGCACUUCUGGCACGCCUUAAAAAGAUGCACGGCGACGACUACAUGCCCAGUGCAAUCUACAUCGACAACUGCUGUUCUCGGCGAACAGCAUUCAACCGCGUGUUCCCCGACGUGCCUAUUUUGUUGGACCCGUUCCACUGGUUUGCUCGCUGGGACGAGGCCAUCUCGAUACCAUCGACCCACAAGCUCCGCUGGCAGUUCCGGGCGAUGCUACGCGACGCCGUGCUUGUACCAGACCCCAAUGACGUCGCCUUACUUACGGAUUACUACCCGAAGAAGAAACGCGGGGAGAUCUACGGCAUGUGCCGCCGCGUGGUGCCGCCGCCGAAACAACUUCGUGAGAAUAUCGAGAACGUCCUGAACGUCUUCGUGAAGCGAGACACCGCAAUCCUCGCGGCCGCGGCGCAAAACGAGAUUCAGGGUAACGAGACCGACGCGGAGAUGGCCGCCGUGGCUGAUAGGCCUCUGUUCUUCAACCCGAAAAAAUUUGCUUCGGUCAAAAAGAAGCAGAUGAAGCAUGUGUGCAGGGUCCAUCUAAAUGCCGCGUGCCCGACGCCUGGCACGACGCCUAGGGCUGCAUGCCAGGGAUGCCUGUCGGACCCGCCCGGAGCGCGCCUCUACACGUCGCGGCCAGCGAAGGCUUCACGAUCGAGGCGACCUGGUCGGCCUGCGCCGCCGCUCUACUUUACUUCCCGUGGUUCUUCGCAGUCGGAAGCGAUGCAUCGCCUACUUCGGGCAGCGAUCGGCUCGACGACCUGUGGUACUGUCCGGGCGGAACACGCCGUCGGGUCCUUCAUCUACCGCUGGAACAUCGACCGCGGCAUCGACAAGCUCGGCGACGUGGACUACCACACGUACCACCACGAGACGCUAGCGGUGAUCAAUAGUAUCGCCGCAUCCUUCGGCCUCGAGACCGACGACCUCCCCUUCCCAAAGCUCAACAUUAAUGAGCGUGGCCGAGGGGACGAAAAGUUUGGAAUGGAGUGCCAGAACAUCGUCGACUUGUCGCGUCUGAACUUGAAUGACGACCCCACGCCAGUCAGCCCCGAGGACGACGCGCCCCCGGACGUGCCCCAGCCGCAAUCCUUCGUCCAGACCGUGCGUGGCGACGGCAGGUGCCUCUACCGGGCGUUUGCGGCUGCAGCCUCACGUAUAAGGCCAGCCCUUUUUACUGCUGAAAUCGACUGGAAGGACGGCAACGAUCUUGUGGUGCGCCGAGAGAUCAUAAAUCUGCGGACUGAAGCGGCACGACGUAUGCGCACGCACCGAGAAAGUCGUGUGCACGCCGACCGCGCCCCGCUCGACAACGAAGCUUCUGCGCGGCACGGGUCGUGGGACCGCUGGUUCGAGGAGAUGACCAAUGAGGAUGACUUGCACAACGAGAAGGCGCCAAAUAGUCGCUGGGGCGACCACUUGAUGUUGAUGGGGUUGGGCCUCGCGUUCGGCUUUUCUAUUUUCAUCUCGAUCAUACAUCCUGAUGGUCGUGUCCGACGAACCGAGAGCCGUGUGCCGUACCACCAGGAGCUUCUUCCCGACGGAACCGUGGACGUCGACGCGCCGUCCAUCCACCUCGCGUGGCACGUAGACGAUCAAGGCGACGGGAGGCACUUUGACGUGAUCGUCGAGGACGUCGACCAGGGCGGCGACGAUUCUUUGAAACGUGUGAGUGUUAAUAAGGCCAUCAACAACCGCACGACGUCGUUUGACCACCUAGGGAAGCUCUCGGGCAUGAAGGACAAGGCGCCGACGCCGUUCAACGAGGGCCCGGACGGCGAGGACGAGCGCAGACUGUUUGAAGAGCUCCACAAGAAGUAUACGCGCAGUAGCUCGAGCUCCUACCAGAAGUUCAUGACGGAGUGGACCGAACGUGUUAUCACGGAGGUACACAAGCAGCUCGCCGGCGACGCUCAUCUUAAGCUUAGGUUGAAAACGAUGGAGCAGCUCUACGACGAGUAUGACCGUCGGUAUAAUCCAGUGGAAGUAGUUCAAGAUCUGACGCCGGCCGACCAGCAGAAUGUGCGGGAAGCAUACCGGUAUCAGCGCGCGGAUCGGGACGCGACGACCGCGCCGCCCGCGGAGCCCGGCGGGCCGACCCGGGUGCCGCCGCCGCCGCCCGCGGAGCGGCAGCCGAUCCAGUUUCCCGGCGUCGUGCCCUUCUGCUGCGCCCUCCCGAGCGCGCCGCCGCCGCCCGGCUUUUUCUUCCCGCACAGGCCCCUCCCGACGGCUCCGGCGACGCCGUGGGGCUUUAUGCCGCCGCCACCAAGGCCAGUGCCUGCUCCAAGAGUCGACGGCCGGACGACGUGCUUGCGGUGCGGCCGGCCCACGGGCGCCCACCUCGUCCGCGGCCGAGAACACUGCACCAACCCCUGCAAAUGCGGGCGCCCUUUUGAUGACCCUCGCCACGUCUCGGAAAGCAGGCCGGGACCGUUCUGUACGCUCCCUCCCCUUUGAGCCUCUGUUAGCUGCUAAAAAUUGAAAUUAAUUGGAA